CCUCCACUUCUGAAGGGCUGAGGAGGAGAAGCGUCUGUGCUCGGCGCUGACUCACUGGAAGCGGACCAUGGCUCAAGCAUACGUGGACGCAAAAAUCCAGGCGGACAAAGUGGUCCUUUUUAUCAAAAAGUCCUGUCCUUACUGUGAUCUAGCGAAGAACGUGUUUGGAAAUUUUGAGUUCAAAAAAGACAGGCUACAGAUUUACGACAUUGCGGACCAUGCCGAGAUGAAGGAGAUUCAAAAUUACUUGGAAAGUAUAACCGGAGCCAGGACGGUGCCCCGUGUAUUCAUUGGGACUAAGUGUGUGGGAGGUGGUUCUGACGUUAAGCAGCUCCACGAGUCUGGAGCGCUGAAGGAGAAGCUCAUUGCCAUCGGUGCCUUAUCGUCCGAGCCUCAAUAGGUGCCAAGGACAGACAGUUCAACAACCUGUUACAUGAGAAUACAACGAGAUCUUCCAGAGUGAACGUGGUGUCUGUACUCAGUCAAUUUCUGCAAGUACGAACUUGACGGCCAUCUAUGGCUUUCCACAAACGCUUGUUCUUCAUCUGCAUAUAAAUGUAAUAAAGAGACUCCAAUUAAUAA